AGGAUGAUGCUGAGAAAUAGCUCCUCAGUAACAAAGUUUAUCCUUUUGGGAUUAUCAGCACAGUCAGCACUGCGGCUCCCCCUCUUCUUCCUGUUCUUAGGGAUCUAUGUGUUCACUGUGCUGGGCAACUUGGGCUUGAUGGCCAUAAUCGGGCUGAAUUCUAGCCUUCAUACUCCAAUGUAUUUUUUCCUUUUCAACUUGUCAUUUAUAGAUCUCUGUUAUUCCUGUGUUUUUACUCCCAAAAUGCUGAGUGAUUUUUGGUCAGAGAAUAUUAUCUCUUAUGUGGGAUGCAUGACUCAACUGUUUUUUUUCUGUUUCUUUGUGAAUUCUGAGUGCUGUGUCUUGGUGUCAAUGGCCUAUGAUCGCUACGUGGCCAUCUGCAGUCCUCUGCUGUACUCAGUUACCAUGUCCCCUCCAGUCUGUUCUUUGCUGAUGUUUUUUUCAUAUGUGAUAGGGUUUUCUGCGGCCAUGGCACACACUGGGAGCAUGCUGAGACUCACCUUCUGUAAUGCCAGUGUCAUCCACCAUUACCUCUGUGAAGUUCUCCCCCUCUUGCAGCUCUCCUGCUCCAGCACCUACAUCAAUGAGCUCGUGUUUUUUAUUGUUGUUGGAGUGGUUAUCACAGUAUCCAGUAUCAGCAUCUUCAUCUCUUAUGCUUUGAUUAUUUCCAACAUUCUUCAGAUUCCUUCUGCUGAGGGCAUAUCUAAAGCUUUUGGCACAUGUGGCUCCCACCUAACUGCUGUUGCUCUGUUUUUUGGAUCAGGGGCAUUCACCUAUUUAACAACUUCUUUUCCUGGAUCAUUGGAACAAGGGAGUUUUGCCUCAGUGUUUUAUACCAAUGUGGUUCCCAUGCUUAACCCUUUGAUCUACAGUUUGAGGAAUAAAGAUGUUAAACUUGCCUUCGAUAAAACACUGAAAAGAGUACUCUUGUAA